ACGCCGAACAUAAAAGACGUGAAUGGCUCCCAAUACACGGACAUGGAGCCGGCAGGGAUGCUUCAUCGGGGUCUUCUUUGGCUUGCCUCGUGCGAUUCUGAAACGUGGCCAACAUGUCCACUCCUUGCCACAAGCUCGCUCUGCUGGCGCUGCUGUUGUCGCUGACGCCUCGAGAAUGUCUUGCGGGCCCGCACAAGAUUCCGCGGGACCCUUCGUUUGCAGGCUGGGAAGCGUGGAAUUCUACUGACAACAAUGCCACCACAAUCACCACGACCACGACCAAGUUUCGUUCCACGACUCGAAGCACGACCACACUCUGCACGACUCAAACUGCCGACAGUCCUCACGCGUGGGGUGACUGGACGGGAUAUGGUCCAGGCACCCAUAACGGUGGUUCGAAGGGAAACCCGAACGACGCCGAGUGGAGUGUGACCGGCUCCAGUGGACACAGUGGGCAGCCUUCUACCUCAAACUGGACGCCCAACGGAUCUUCCAACGGCCCAGACUGGGAUGACGGCAGCUCUGGCUCAUCUGGUGGUUCGUCUGGUGGUUCAUCUGGUGGUUCAUCUGGGGGCUCACUCGGUGGUUCAUCUGACGGUUGGUCGGGUGGUUCGUCAGGCGGCUCACCUGGUGAUACAGGUGGAAAUGCUGGCGGAUCAGAUCAAAGCCAUCCCGGCGGAGCGUAUCAAGGCGGUGGCUGGACUGGAACUGGUACCAAUGGAUGGCAAAACAACACAAACAACGGAUGGCAGAAUAGCACCAGCGACGACUGGAACCCGGAUGAAGGUGUCCCGCCUCUCAGCGCAGAAGCUAUUGCAUUCAUCACCAGUGAAGAGGCCUUAGCAAUUGCUGGAUUUCCUGAUAACGACACGGAUCAGCCCUUGAGGUUUGUCAAACGGCAAAGCGGCCCUGGCAAUUUCAGCGGCGAAAUCACCCAGGAACAAUGGGUCGAUAACGACAUGGACAAUUGGCUGAUUAGAUAUGUGCAAAGAGUGCCCAUUCCUCGACAGCCUGGAACGCGACUCAUGGACAGCACACACUUCUUUCGCGACUUUUGGCUUUCAACGGGAGAAGAGAACCUGGUCCUCUGCGAAAGCUUGUACGAAUCGUGCAAUGUCUCACCCGUCGACGACAGCAAGAGAUAUUCAUACAUCAGCAAAGACGAUGCUUACAGGGCUGCCUUUGUCCGUCAAGUCAUGAAGGUGUGGCAGUCGGGCAACAGACAGGCUUUCCAGAUCGUCAACCAAGCGGUAUCGAAUUCUCAAAUCAACAUCCAAACCGCGCACCGAGUGUUUCUGCAAAGUGACCCUCCCAAAGCGACCAGCAUUUUUGACAUAAUCCUUCCCGCGUUGGCUGCCGUCAGUGUCUUUGCCCCGACUUUGGCCCCGGCAGUUACUCUAUUGAGCAAUAUCUACACGGCCACCAAAUCCUUGAGCAAGCGCGAAGAGGACGAUGCGGAUGUAUUUCGCCGCCGUUAUCCUAGAGCAUCAACCCACGACAAGCGUGCCUCCGACAAUGUCAUCGCGGACAUUCUGGACCGUGUGUCAGCAUUGGAAACGCAGCCCGUCAAAAGCUGGGUCGACGAUGUGAACAAAGGGGUGGAAAAGUCUGCAAAGCUGGUUGAUCAGGCAGCCAAGGCCGUGAUAGCCAUGAAAGGACUCAACCCCGGAGUUGCGCCUUCUACCAUCUCGUCUUGGGAUUUCUUUGAUGCUCGUGUCUUUUCCGACUUUGAGAGUUACCCACUGACGCACCUGGUGGCGUUUGAAAAGAACAUUCUCUACUGGGCCGCCACGGAAUACCAAACCACCAAUGGCCCCGUGGCCGUGGCCGGGAUGAAGAGCAUCCUCCUGGGCGGAGAAUGGGCCAAGAUCAACGCGAACAAGGAGCCAGACUCGGUCACCAUCCCGAAGGUCAAGGCGUUUUUCAAUGCCAUGGUUUUCAUGCAGGUGAUACAGAACCAGGCGAUCUAUUUCUGGACCCAGCGCGUCUCCAGCUCAAGCGCUUGCGAGAGCGCGGCCAAGUCGGCCAAGUCCAAAGGCUGGCUCGCCAACGACGGGUGGUACCAGUGCGCAGACAUCGGGGGACAAUAUGAAUUUCGAAUGGCCCGCCGGCCCAUGCUGAACGAAGGCGAGGCCCAGGUCGUCAACGACCUGACGUGGAACCCGUUCGGCGACAUCCUGCGGGUCACCAUGUUCCCGGGGUCCUCCGACACUUGCUUCGUGCAAAAGAAGACGUGGUUCGAACAGAACUCGGCGGGACUGAACAAUUUCAAAGACGAUCUGCUCAAGUCCGCAGGGUACAACUUCAACAUCGGGGACGUCUACGCGGCGUCGGUGGCGUGCCAGAACGCCCUGGGGGAUCCGUUUGCCGACGAUCAGCCACGACAGGGCAACUUCUACCCCCCCAUGCAGACCAAGGCCACGGCGGAUCAGAUCCUCACGGGGAGUUUGCCCAUGUGCCUCUUCAACCUGCCCGUGUUCGGGGUCGGCGACCCCGUCAAGAACAACUGGUGCAAGUACGCACUGGGCGGCAUGAAGGGCGCCGCCGGCGGACUGAGGUCGUACUACAGGCCUGACCUGGACACCUGCGACUACGACAUCGUCUAUUGGGCGCUGCAGUCCGACAACAAGAUCUGUUUGACCGAUCAACGAAACUACCGGGCCUCGAGUUGGGUCGCACGGCCUGGAUGUGAGAGGUACGAUCGGGGAAUUCACCUGGUGGGAUACCGACGUGCUUGAGACGUGUUGUGAUGUUUGUCCUAGGAGUUUUACGGCGUCAGACAUGUUCCCUUUCCAG